CCCACGCCCACCAACGAUGCUGUAAUUGGCUGUAUGCCAGGUCUAUCUCCCUAGAUCUUCCGGUGAUGUCAGAGGUCAUGUUCAGGUAUACUCCCCUUGACCUCGUAGCCAUGUUGGAAGUCGAACUCCACCUGUAGGCCUGAUGUUUCAGUGCAGCGGCAGCUGCUGCGGGGACAAUCAGUCGCUCACACAGCACCUGCAUUAGUGCAUCCAAUGGUGCCAGGACCCAGGCCAAGCCCCAGCUCUACUGAGGAGCAAACCGCAGAAGUUCCAGGACCGCCUGACACGGUGCGCCAUGCACUGCAACGGCAAAGCCAAAGAUUCCAUAGAUGCAGGGACUAAGGAGCCCCAGGUGAAGCAGCUGGACAGUUGUGUGACCAAGUGUGUGACUGACCACAUGCACCUCAUCCCAACCAUGUCCAAGAGGGGGAAGAAGGCACUCUGGAACAUGGGAAAGUGA